AUGCGCCCGCUGGCCAACCUCCCCUCUCCUGGCGGCUUUGCCAGCCUGCGCGACCUUAGCAUCGACAUGGACCAGGACAUGAGCGACCUGGAGCUGCGCGACGUCAAGGAGGUGUCAUAUGUGAGCAGGCGGCGGCUGGAUGCCGACGAUUUUGAUCCGGAUGAGGUGGACGAGGAUGGCCUGCCGCUGGUGUACAACGAGGAGAGCAUCGCCGCCUACUGGAGCAACAGGCCUGGCGAGCUGACCUCCCGUUGGACCAAGUUUGCAGGCAUCUCGGUGCCCUGGCUGACCAAGCUGGCCAACGGGUUCAUUCAGGGCCGGCUGCAGGACUCCACCACUCAGUCUGCGCUGGCGCGGGAUGCUGUGGACAACCUGGAGCGGCUGGGCCCCACCUUCAUCAAGCUGGGGCAGAUCAUGAGCAUUCGGCCCGAUGUGCUGCCGCCACCAGUGAUGGGCGAGCUUGCCAAGCUGCAGGACAAGAUCGAGCCCUUCUCCACGGUGGAGGCGAGGGCGGUGGUGGAGCGGGAGCUGGGGGCGCCCAUCCCCGAGCUGUUCAGCGAGUUCAGUGCGGAGCCGAUUGCGGCUGCCAGCCUGGCGCAGGUGCGGGGCGGCGGCGGCGGCUGCUGGCGCGGGGCGGGGGCGGUCUUUGGCCUGGUGAUCCCGGUGAUGGAUCGCAUCCUGGGCCCCUACCUGCGCGGCGGCGGCGCCAAGGCCUUCAAGUCAAACUUCCAAGCCCUGUCCACAGACCUGCUGGCGGCCACCCUGGAAAUCCCCUUCUCCGUGCCGCCCUACAUGUCGCUGCUGGCGCGGUCGGUGGCCACCCUGGAGGGCAUCGCUCUGGUGGGAGACCCAGACUACCAGAUGGUCACGCAGGUGUGCGGCGUGCGCACCACGCGGCUGUCUGCCCUCAUGAACGCCGCGCUGGGGUACGUGGCGGAGGAGACGAGCGGCUUCAUCGACUUUGAUGCGGUGCCGGCGGAGGGCGCCAGCCUGCAGGAGCUGCUGGCGUUCCUGCUGGGCCCCCAGGCCCGAGACCUGCGCCCCGCUGCUGGCCGCGGAGCUGACUAA